GUUUCCUCUUAUCUUAUUAAUCCCAUUCAUUCAUUCUUUCAUUCCCAUGACUCGAUGAAAAUUUAACAGAACCAAAACUCUUUUUUCCUCCUCUACCCAACAAAAAUAAAUAAAUAAAAAAACAUUUAAUUAUUUUUUCUUUCUCUUUGCUUUUCUUGUUUCGAUCGGAUCUGAAGCUCCUCAGUGGCACCAAAAGACAACACAUAUUUCACGAACUCACCCUUCUCCAAAGUCAUUUCACUUUCUCUGUGACAACUUUCUUUCUCAGUUUCUCAUCAAAGAUUGCUUCUUUCUCUGCAUUGUUCUGCAGGUAGGCAUUUAAAGUUGAAGAUUGUGUAAAUUGAUGGCUUUACUAUGUCCCUUUCACCUUCAACAUCUGUGUCCUUGCAAUCACUUUGCUUAGUUGGAAAUUUGCUGUGAUCUUGCCCUUGUGAGAAUUGCUCCAUGGAAUCAGUUGUUGUUGAUGGAGUUCAUUCGUUGUCGAUGACCCAGAAUUCGGUGUCUUCGGUAUGCAACAAUCCCCCUUCCACAAGCGGGACUCGUCACCCUUCUCGGACUUCAUCUCCCAGCCAAUCGAGAGAUGGAGGGGCUUCGUCCAUGUACUAUUCGACGGUGCAAACGUUUGGCGCAAAACCGAUUUACCACGCAAAUGGUUCUGUUAUUAUCCAAAAGAGUUCCUUCAAAGCCGUGGAGGAUAAUAGGAACCAUGAAGAGUCACUCAAAAUGGCAAAACACUACUAUGAUUCAAGUAAACGGAGAUCUGAAUAUGAGGCUGCGGAUAAUGCUGUUGAUAAAUCAGCAGCAACUUUGUGUCAGAAGAAUGUUUCGAUUGUGGAAGCGAAAUCUUGCGCAAAGAAUCUUGUUGGUGAUCCCAAAAAUUGUGAUCCAAGUGGUAUGGUGGAAUCUGAAGCUUUUGGUUCAAAUCCAUGUAAAGCAAGCGUUGAGCAACAAAAUUGUCACUUGACGUCUCAAUCAGCCGCGGUGACUUCAUUUCCAAGUCCUCAAAACAGUCUAUAUUCCGCCACUGUUUAUUCAGAAGCAAAACAAAGUUUCACCAACACAGAAGUCAGUGAAUGUACAAGCAGUGCUGAGAAAUCCGGUGAGAGCUGCGAAGUAAACAAUUCGUGUGAGUUCAACCAGAGUCGGAAGACCAGCAUCUGUAGAGGAAGUACUGGCAGUGAUGUGAGUGAUGACAGCAGCUCCAGUUGUUUGAGCAAUGCCAUGUACAAACCGCAUAUGGCGAAUGAUAUAAGAUGGGAGGCGAUUCAAGCCAUCCGAUCCCGUUAUGGGACGCUGGGUUUGAAUCACUUCAAGCUGUUGAGAAAACUUGGAUGUGGAGAUAUAGGUAGUGUUUAUUUAUCUGAGCUGAGUGGGACUAGAACCUUUUUUGCCAUGAAGGUUAUGGACAAAGCAGCUCUGGCGAGUCGGAAGAAGCUUCCGAGGGCUCAGACGGAAAGAGAGAUUCUGCAAUCUCUUGAUCAUCCAUUCCUGCCCACAUUGUAUACGCACUUUGAGACAGAGAAAUUCUCUUGCUUGGUGAUGGAGUUCUGCCCUGGUGGGGAUCUGCAUGCACUCAGGCAACGACAACCGGGGAAGUACUUUUCGGAGCAUGCUGCCAGGUUUUAUGUGGCUGAAGUUCUCCUUGCUUUGGAGUAUUUGCACAUGCUUGGAAUCAUUUACAGAGACCUUAAACCAGAAAACGUUUUAGUUCGGGAAGAUGGGCAUAUUAUGCUUUCGGAUUUCGACCUCUCUCUAAGGUGUGCUGUAUCACCUACUCUAGUAAAAUCCUCAAACUCAAGCUUGGAGUCAAAGAAUUCAGGAUACUGUGUUCAGCCUGCGUGUAUCGAGCCAACCUGUGUGAUGCAGCCAGAUUGCAUCCAACCUGCAUGCUUUGCUCCACGCUUCUUAUCACGCAAGCCCAAGAAGGACAAAAAGGCCAAACCUAAGACCGAAGUACAUCACCAAGUGAGCCCUCUCCCCGAACUCAUUGCCGAACCAACGAGUGCUCGAUCAAUGUCCUUUGUCGGGACACACGAAUACUUGGCUCCCGAAAUCAUUAAAGGCGAAGGCCAUGGCAGUGCUGUGGAUUGGUGGACAUUUGGGAUCUUCCUCUACGAGCUUUUGUUCGGUAAAACCCCGUUCAAAGGGGCAGGGAACCGCGCUACGCUGUUCAACGUGGUUGGCCAGCCCUUGAGAUUUCCAGAGUCACCUUCUGUGAGCUUUGCUGCAAGAGACUUGAUCCGAGGAUUACUUGUGAAAGAGCCACAACAUCGCCUCGCUUAUAGGCGUGGAGCUACCGAAAUCAAACAACAUCCCUUCUUCCAAAGUGUGAAUUGGGCUUUAAUCCGAUGUACAAAUCCGCCAGAUGUGCCUAAACAAUACGUGAUGGAUAUUCCAAGAACUAACUCGCCAAAAGCUCCCACAAACGGAAAAGCUCAGGGUGUUGAUGUGAAGACUUCUGGUAAUUAUGUAGAGAUUGAUUUCUUUUGAUUCUUAUCUUUUUGUUUUGUGUUUCAAUGGUUCUUUCCAUUGCAAAUGGAUAACAAAGCUGUAAUUCCUUUGAUUUGCAAAUGUUAAACACCCUUCUUUCAAAAUUCAGACUGAGCACCAUAGCAGCAUUGCGGGAAUGCAGAUGCAUCUAAAAUGAGGAAUUAAUUUGUUCAUCUUUCUUUUCCAACUCUAAUU